GAGAGGACUUGCAUCACAACUGCAGAGAGAACAGCUCAGCUUUCAAAGAAUGCUUGCAGACUAACACUUAAAAAUUUGAUUGUAUCUCUGAGUUCAGCUUCAGAGCAGACAUGUCUUUUAUUACUAUUGUGGCAGUCCUGGUUUUCCUGACAAUCCCUGAGGGUAUCAGUCUGGAUCAUGCAGUGGUUCAGCGAUGUCGAUGCAUCAGCAAGGAGAAACAGCCCAUCGGACGUUACAUUGCAACAGUGGAGGUGCAACCCCCCAGCUCCCACUGCAAAGACACUGAGAUUAUUGCCACUCUUAAAAGGGAUGGGACAAAAGUUUGUCUGGACCCUAAUGCUCCUUGGGUGAAAAAAGUGCUUGAGAGGAAAACGUCUGAGCAGACAUCUUGAAGGAAAAACCUUCACAAAUUUGGCUCAGAUGUAAAGAAGACCCUGAAGCAUUUUCAUUGCCACUGAAGCUCAAAGUGGAAGCGUGGAUCGCACUGAUGGAGCACAAAGAGCAAUUUUUUUUCUAGAUGAGGAAGAUUCAUGUGGCAGCUUCGAGGUUGAUUGUCUAUCCAACUUUUUUUGUGUUGUGUGGUCCAGCAAGAAUAAAGGCACGGUGACGUAACUCUGGCCAAUAUGGUGAAUUUGUAUGUCUACUUCCUUUAGAAGAGCUAUUUUUGUAAGCCAUCGAAAUACUUGUAUUUUAACUGAAAAUUGGGAUGAAUGUAAAUAACUGUAGGGUAAAUGGAGAACAAACUAGUAUUCUGGUUUAUUUGCAGACUGCAGGACAGAAUGAAAUUCAAGUGUAUGAACCUGUUUCCAACUUUUUUUAACCAAUCAUCUUCAUUUGUAUAUUUACUACUAUAGCGACAUACAGUUCAUAUUUUACAUGAUCAAAGUCAAGUGUACAUCUGUCUUCAAACAACAUACAUUUUCAUCUGAAAUGUUAAGACAGUGACUAAAUUGUGGCAUUAAUUACAAACCAAAAAUAUCUGUCAGUGUCUCUGUCCGUAUAAUUUUGUUAAUAAUUGUAUUUACGUAUAUUUACCAUUAAUUUGUUGCUUAUUAGCAUGCAUAUUAGUGGCAAUUUGGCUCUUUAUUAGUCAUUAUAAAGCACAUAUCUAGUCACAUAUAGUCAACAAAUUAUAGGCCAUUAAUCCUACUUGUUAAAGAAUAAGAUUUUUUAUUUUAUUAGAAACAGACCCAAAAUUGCAAUCAGUAAACUCACUUAAUCUAUCGAUUAUUUUUUCGAUUAAUUGCUUAAUCUAUCAAGUAUUUUUUCGAUUUGUCUAUCGAUAUUUUUUUAUUGAUCUAACUAACUAACUAAAGAGCAAACACAAUAGUUUGAUAAUAAAUGGCUUCACCCAACCACUAA